AACAAUCUUAGGCGAGAGUAGAACCGUCUUGUAACGUCAAGCUUGCCAACUGUCGUGAAAGCACAUUGACGCAGAAAGAAGCGAAAAAGACGCUAAUUAGUCAGUUAUUAUUUGUUCUUAAGUUUGUAAAAAUUGUAUGUCGUAUAAAAUCCAUCUUUGAGUCUUUAUUUCAGGAAAAAAAUCGUCUCAGUGCGCGAGAAGCUUCUAGUGCUAGCUAGUUUAGCUUGCUAGUUAGCUUAGCUUGUUAGCUGCUAACAAAGAGACGCGGACGUUAUCAACACAUCGCUAAGUAGAGAUCAAAUGUGAGUGUCAAGUGUUGUGAUUGUGUGAAAAUGUGCGAAAGAACGAUAGCAAAGUAUGAGGAGGAACUUUGUCCAACAAAAGAGGAGAAGGAGCGACAACAUCAACUACUGGACGCUGUUUUCAAGAAACAUCAAGUUGUGUUACACAGAACAGACCUCGAUGAAGAACAUGUUCCUCAUGAGCAGGAGGAAAAACCACAGUCCCCCCACAUACACGAGGAAGAAGAGGUACCACAUUCCCAACACAUUAAAGAGGAAGACGAGACGCCACAGACCCAUAGUGUUAAACUGACCCUUCACAUUAAAGGGCAAGCCGAGGACCCACUGAUCUUACACAGCAAAAAUGAAGCGGAGGACCCACUGACCCCUCACUUUAAGGAGCAAGAGAACCAGCUGACCCCUCACAUUAAAAAGGAAGCGGUGGACCCACUGACCCUCUACUUUAAAGAGGAAGAGGAGGACCAAGAGCCGCCGCACAUUAAAGAGGAAGCGGAGGAACACUGCAUCAGUCAGCCUAAAUGGUUGGAGGAGUUCCCAGUGACUGGUGUCCCUGUGAAGAGUGAAGAUGAUGAGGUCAAAGGUGAAAGUGAGGAGAAGAGAGAGGCGGAGCCUCCAAGCAGCAGCUCAACACAACACAUGACAACAGAAGCUGAUGGAGACCACUGUGGAGGAUCACAAGCAGACAAGCUCUUAGCUCCACUAUCAGAUAGUGAGGACACAACGUCACACUCUCCUGACACUGAUGAUGAAGACUCUAAAGAUGAUAAGACAUGUCACACUGACAACACUCACUUCAAAUAUUCUCACUGUGACAAAACCUUUAAGAACCAUUGCCAUCUAAAAACACACACGAGAAGACACACCGGAGAAAAAACUUUUAUCUGCUCAAUAUGUGGUAAAGGUUUUGUAGAAAGUCGCUAUUUGAAAGUACACCUGAGAAUACACACUGGUGAAAAACCUUUUAUCUGUUCAAUCUGUGGUAAACGUUUUGUUCUAAGUCACAAUUUGAAAGUGCACAUGAGAAGACACACUGGUGAAAAACAUUUUUCCUGUUCAACCUGUGGUAAAGGUUUUACACAAAGUCAACAUUUGAAAAGACACAUGAGAACACACACUGGAGAAAAACCUUUUUCCUGUUCAACCUGUGGUAAAGGUUUUACACAAAGUCAUGAUUUGAAAGUACACAUGAGAACACACAAUGGUGAAAAACCUUUUUCUUGUUCAAUUUGUGGUAAAUGUUUUACAGAAAGUCAGAGUUUGACAAGACACAAGAGAACACACACUGGUGAAAAAUCACAUUCCUGUUCAAUCUGCAACAGAAGCUUUUGUGACAGAUCAAACCUUGUAGCACACAUGAGAACACACACAAGAGAGAAAGUGUUGAGUUGCAGUGUGUGUGGUGAAAGAUUCUCUUAUAAGUACCAGUGUAAGAAACACAAGUGUGCUGGUGAGAACAGCAGCAGCAAAUGAAACUGCAGGAUUUGAAAUAAACUGCCAAGACUUUAAUUUUGACUUUCUAACAACAUCAGCACAUAUAACAUGUGUGACAUUGUUGUUUGUGUAACAAUCUUUUUAAUAUGCUCCUACAAUUAUAGAUUGGAUAGUUUGAAAUAUGGAAGUAUUACAUAUUUGUAUUUGUAAUUGUUAAUAAUCCCAUAGAUUAGCCCCUAUUUAUGAUAUACGUAUUUACUGGUUCACAUCUGAAACAUCUUCUGGACCACUUCAUGAAGCUUUAUACAUCAUUUGAACAGUUGUCUUUUAUUAACUUUUAAAAUGUGUGACUUAAUGAAUCAUUUGUUGGGUCUUUAUAAUCCAUUUGAGUAAUUAUCUUUAUUACUCUCUUUUGUAAUAUGAUGAUUGUGUUGUGAUUGUUUUAAAUGUAUGUCCCCAGAACUUUAUGCAAUAUAAAAG